GCCUGUAGCCGGAAGCUGUACAACUGGCUGAAGGUGGCCCCUUAUCGGCCCGACCAGCAAGUGGAGGAAGACGAAGAUCUGAUGGAUGAGAACCAAGGGAAGGGCAUCCGGGUGCUGGGCAUCGCCUUCUCCUCGGCCAGGAACCACCCUGUCUUCUGCGCCCUGCUGAACGGGGAAGGCGAGGUCACCGAUUUCCUGCGCCUGCCGCAUUUCACCAAGCGGAGGAACGCCUGGCGGGAGGAAGAGAGGGAGAAGAAGGCUCAGGAUAUUGAGACCCUGAAGAAGUUCCUGCUCAGCAAGAAACCCCACGUGGUCACCAUUGCGGGAGAAAACAGGGACGCGCAGAUGCUGGUGGAAGACGUGAAGCGGAUUGUCCACGAACUGGAGCAGGGCCAGCAGCUCUCCUCCAUCGGCGUGGAGCUUGUGGACAACGAACUGGCCACGCUUUACAUGAACAGCAAGAAGUCAGAGACCGAAUUCAGGGACUACCCGCCCGUCUUGCGCCAAGCUGUCUCCCUCGCUCGCCGCAUCCAGGACCCGCUGGUCGAGUUCGCCCAAGUCUGCAGCCCCGACGAGGAUAUUCUCUGCCUGAAGCUGCACCCCAUGCAGGACCACGUGGUGAAGGAAGAGCUGCUGGGCGCCCUCUACUGCGAAUUCAUCAACCGGGUGAACGAGGUGGGCGUGGACGUCAACCGGGCCAUCGCCCACCCGCACAGCCAGGCCCUCCUGCAGUACGUCUGCGGCCUGGGAGCCCGCAAGGGCACCCACUUGCUGAAGAUCCUGAAGCAGAACAACACGCGGCUGGAGAACCGGACCCAGCUGGUCACCAUGUGCCACAUGGGGCCCAAAGUCUUCAUCAACUGCGCCGGCUUCAUCAAGAUCGACACGGCCUCGCUGGGAGACAGCACGGAUUCUUACAUCGAGGUCCUGGAUGGCUCCCGGGUCCACCCAGAAACCUACGAGUGGGCGCGGAAGAUGGCGGUCGAUGCUCUGGAGUACGACGAGUCGGCCGAAGACGCCAAUCCCGCCGGGGCCCUCGAGGAGAUCCUGGAAAACCCGGAACGGCUGAAGGACCUGGACCUCGACGCCUUCGCGGAGGAGCUGGAGAGACAGGGCUAUGGCGACAAGCACAUCACCCUGUACGACAUCCGAGCGGAGCUGAGCUGCCGCUACAAGGACCUCAGGAGCCCCUAUCGCUCCCCCAAUUCUGAGGAGGUCUUCAACAUGUUGACCAAGGAGACCCCCGAAACCUUCUACAUCG